CGUCAAUCAAACAUGGGAUUCUCAAAACCUCUCUUACUCCAACCGCUUAAGCGAGUGGGUAUCUCCCUGCUCCCGACUUUCAUACAGCCGCUCCUCGAUCCCUCCCAGCAAUCCUGUCUGGGGAAGAUCUCUCCAACCAGCUAUCUCGAUGGACUCCGCGGUAUCGCCGCCCUCUUCGUCUACAUCUAUCACGUCGAGGGAAAAUACCUUCCAACCAUCUUGCCAGCCUACGGCCUCCCACUGUCGCAGGACCAAACUCCAUACCCAUCCUCCCCACUCCAGCUUCCUGGUAUCCGCCUAAUAUUCAGCGGGCACCCCAUGGUACACAUAUUUUUCGUCAUCUCCGGAUACGCACUCUCCCUCAAGUCGCUGAAGCAAUUACGAGCCAACGAACAUGCUGCCGUCCUAAGCACCGUAUCCUCGGCGCUGUUCCGUCGAGCCAUGAGGUUGUUCCUACCAGUUUUGGGGUCGACUUUCAUUGGGCAGAUACUGCUGUGGAUAGACUUGCGACCAGGCGGAAGUACGACUUUCGCUGCGCAGAUGGGGGUAUGGUGGACGGAACUGAAACAGAUUCUUGACUUUUGGUGGCCGGAUCAAAGAGUGCUCAUUCACCCCGAUCCACACCUGUGGACCAUUCCAAUAGAGAUGGCGAACUCGGUGAUUCUCUUUGCAGUUCUAAUCGCCUUGUCUAGGUGUAAAGUUCAAGUGAGAAUGGCACUAGUUGCGGCUAUCAUUCUGGUCGCCAUGCGAGCAGGACAGUGGGUUGUCUCCGAAUUCCUGAUGGGCAUGUGGCUCGCAGAGCUAGGGUUGAUCCAACAGGGGUGGGAAACGCAAUCCUCUUGGUCUGAGACUCACCAGGUCAAUACAGACGGGGAGGACGAAGUCUUGUUGCGGGAAGAGGGGGCCGAAGAUAAAGAAGGAGUUCUUCAGCCAGGAUACUCGCCUCGACAGCAGACUCGAUUCAGACAGUUGAAGCAGUUGAGGAGGAUAGUCAAUAUCACGCUAAAAGUCGUAUGCACUCUGAGUUUGAUACCGACCAUUUGGUUGGCUGGAUGGCCACAGGACUACGCUGAGCAGGAUCCCGGAUUUAACUGGAUUAUACGGCACACUGGAUCAGCAUACAACAUGCAGGCCAAUAGAAUAUGGCUCCCAUGGUUUGGUCUAGUUGCCUUCUUCAUAAUAUUUGCUUGUCAGCAACUGAAGUUCCUGCAAGCCAUUUUCACCACACCAGCUGUGAGGUAUCUCGGGAAAAUCAGCUACUCAAUGUAUCUGAUACAUUGGUCGGUGUUGGAGUCUAUGGCUCCUAGAUUGUUCCCUCCUGUUUUGAGAUGGGCCACUGGCCUUUCAGGCGGUAACAUUGGCGGCUGGGGUGUCACGCUUGUAUUUCUGCUGACGUUAGCAUUUAUUACGCCAGUUUUGAUAUGGGUUGCUGAUCUGUUCUGUGUCUUCAUAGACGACAACUCUGUGGCAUUCGCAAAGUGGGUGGAAGGAAAAUGUAAGAGAGAAGACUUGUAAGGGCAAGUUUGAAGCUCUGAGGCAAAUAAAUACGACGAAUUAUUUUG